AUGACAAGAAGUAACAACUUCUGCAGGGCUUCCUUACUUCUGUUCUCAUGUGUAGUUGGGUUCUUCUUCAUUCCAGCCAAAGCUGCAUUGAAGAAUUAUCAGUUCGAUAUUCAAGUGAAGAAUGUGAGCAGGUUGUGCCAUUCUAAGCCAAUUGUUACAGUAAAUGGGAUGUUCCCAGGACCUACAAUCUAUGCAAGAGAAGGCGAUACACUUCUAGUUAAUGUUACCAACCAUGCACAGUAUAACAUGUCAAUUCAUUGGCAUGGUCUAAAGCAAUAUAGAAAUGGGUGGGCGGAUGGGCCUGCUUAUAUAACACAAUGUCCGAUCAAGACAGGAAACAGAUACACCUACAAUAUGACAAUCACAGGGCAAAGAGGAACUCUAUGGUGGCAUGCUCACAUCUUUUGGCUCAGAGCCACUGUCUAUGGAGCUAUUGUCAUUCUUCCCAAACAAGGGACUGCUGGCUUUCCUUUUCCUCAGCCUUACAGUGAAACUAAUCUCAUCUUAGGAGAAUGGUGGAAUAACGAUGUUGAAGAGGUUGUUAAACAAGGGAACAAACUGGGAUUGCCACCUAAUAUGUCAGAUGCACAUACCAUUAAUGGCAAGCCAGGGCCGCUCUUUCCAUGCUCUGAGAAACAUACCUUUGCAAUGGAGGUUGAACAAGGAAAGACUUACCUGCUACGGAUCAUCAAUGCUGCACUCAACGACGAGCUAUUCUUUACCAUAGCCGGCCACAACUUAACAGUGGUAGAGAUCGAUGCAGUCUAUACCAAACCAUUUACAACUCAGGCAAUACUAAUAGCACCAGGCCAGACCACAAAUGUUCUUGUUCAAGCAAACCAAGUCCCUAGUAGAUACUUCAUGGCUGCAAGGCCAUUCAUGGAUGCACCUGUUUCCAUAGACAAUAAGACCGCCACUGCAAUCCUCCAGUACAAAGGCAUUCCCAAUUCUGUUCUGCCAGUCCUCUCCCAGCUUCCAGCACUGAAUGACACAGCUUUUGCACUGAGCUAUGGUGCGAAGCUGAAAAGCCUAAACACAGCAAAAUACCCAGCAAAUGUACCUCUUAAAGUGGAUAGACAACUUUUCUACACAAUUGGUUUGGGAAUCAACCAAUGCUCUACUUGCCUGAAUGGAACACAGCUCACUGCUUCUUUGAACAAUAUCACUUUUGUGAUGCCCAAAAUCGGGUUGCUUCAAGCUCAUUACUUCAACACCAAGGGAGUUUUUACCACAGACUUCCCUGACCGUCCUCCAACACCUUUCAAUUACACAGGUGCACCACUCACUGCCAACCUUGGGACUAAACUAGGCACAAAGCUAAGCAAGAUAGCCUUUAACUCGACAGUUGAGUUGGUAUUACAAGAUACCAACCUUCUCACAGUGGAAUCCCAUCCAUUCCACCUUCACGGUUACAAUUUCUUCGUUGUUGGGACUGGAGUUGGGAACUUCGACCCCAAGAAGGACCCUGCUAAGUUUAACUUGGUGGAUCCUCCUGAAAGAAACACAGUUGGGGUUCCCACCGGUGGUUGGGCUGCCAUAAGAUUCAGGGCUGACAAUCCAGGUGUGUGGUUCAUGCACUGUCACUUGGAGCUGCAUACCAGCUGGGGUUUGAAGACGGCAUUUGUGGUAGAAAAUGGGAAAGGCGCUGAUAAAUCUGUGUUGCCUCCACCUGCAGACCUUCCACCUUGUUAG